GAUGAGCUCGUGAAAAUGGAUCAAGCGGUUCUGAUCAUGGAAUAGUGCAUGCGAGGACGCGAAUUCCCAUGUUCUACGGAAACACCAUGUAUUUUCUUACACCAGCACUCGUCUGUACUCUGAAACAUAGAAACACACUAGUGCUGCAAAGUGUCCGAACUGCCGCCGUCGGGGGUCGCCACAGCUGGGGUUCCAGAUGCCGAGCGAGGCCGUAGCUGCGCAAUUUAGCGGCAGUGCCGAGAAGAAGGCGCAUGCUUUCUCCGCCGCCCGCAACGAGGAGGCGCAGGUUCUCCGUGACGUCGUCCGCUCGUUGCCGUCGCACGCAGUGACAGACUUGUUGUCUGUUGGGGUAUGCAUCCGGUGUAUCCUCCGACUAUUUGGGUUUCGAGGACAUAUUUUUUCUUGUUCCUUUCUUUCAACAUCAGUCUUGUGUUCAGUUAUUGGAGAAUUAACAAGUUUGGACAGAAAUGUGGUGGAUGGUUGUCUCAAAGCAAGUGGAGAUUCAACCAGUCCACACACUUCUCAUGAUUCAGAGAGCAACCCAGUGUACUGCAUCAUUUGUUUUGGUAUCCUACAGUUCACCUAUCGUGAUGACAGUGAAAUGUUGAUGUACAAGGAUUGUGCUAAUGGAUUAGCUGCAUCAAUUGCUGACCUGGUAAAGCAAGAGGGUCAUCAGAUUGACAACUUUUCUCUUGAAGUCUCAGUACCGCCAAUUGUGGUGGAAAAUGAAAAUGCAGUUUGGUUUUAUAUGGAAAAGAAGUAUGGGUCUGAACUUUGGUUCCAAGAGAAGUUUCUUUCUGAACGGAUUUCUGCAAAAGAUGCCUUGAAAUUAUCUAUAACAAAUGCCCUUGAAAAGCUGUUGGAUGUUAAAUCUGGCUUGGGCUCUUUGCGCAUCCGUUUGACAUACACCCACACUAAAGCAUCAAUGAAGGUCCAGAAUUUUUCAGAGGCUGUACUGGGUUGCAAGAAAAAGAAAACAGAGUGUUCUGAUUUUUCAGGCAGUGAAAUAGAUUCAAGAUCACGGGAUCAUGAAUUGACUAAACACCCCCAUUUCCUGCCAGAGAAGGUCUGCCAAGCUUGCUGUUUGACAUAUCUUUGCUACCGGACUCCUACCUACAUAGGGGGGAGAUACGUGAAGUACUCAAGAAAUGUGAGUCAGACACGUUGGGUCAUUGAAGAUGAAAGAAUGGGUGAAGCAUCUGUUGAAGAGAUAAUUGGGAGCAAUAUUCUUCCUAUGUGUCGUGGUGAUAAUUACAAGUUUCAUGCUGCUGGUAGAGAAGAUAUUGAUGUUAGAAUGCUGGGCCCUGGUCGACCAUUCCUACUAGAGAUACAAAACGCACGAGACAUCCCAUCUGAGGUGUUCAUAAAAGAUAUGGAAAGGAAAAUAAACAAUUUGGAGAAUAAAUUAGUUAAGGUAAAACAUCUGAGGGUCAUGGGCAGCGAAGGUUGGAGCCUGAUGCAUGAAGGAGAAGCAGAGAAGCAGAAGCAAUAUGCUGCAGUAGUGUGGAUUUCUCGCCCGCUUAAGGAUGAAGAUUUGCGGACUAUAUCCUCAUUGAAGGACAUGGGAAUUUUGCAGAGAACCCCCAUAAGGGUGCUACACCGUCGAAGUCCGUUAGAACGUCAAAAGAUCAUACAUUGGAUGAAAAUUGAGAGGAUUGCUGGAAGUUCUCAAUAUUUUCUCUUGCAUCUAUGCACUCAGGCUGGAACUUAUAUCAAGGAAUUUGUUCAUGGGGAUCUUGGGCGCACUCAUCCCAACAUUGGUUCAAUUCUAGGAUGCAGAGCAGAGAUACUACAACUUGACGUUACGGAUGUGAAAAUGGAUAGUUUUCCAGCUAAAUGAUGCUACCAUGUGCUAAAUGUGAUCUUGAGUUCUGUUUGGUAUGAGGUUCUACAACUUCAUGCAUUGCUUGUAAUGCUAGCUUCUGAACAGAUGCAUUGGUAUUUGCUUAGCUUCCUGCACUUGAUCAACAGAGGACACCCCCCACCUUCCAGGUUCCAACCCUUUCUCCUUCCCAUGGGGUUUUGUGGAGGUUGCAGAGGGGGAGGGUGACCUUCAUGUUUCAUUUUGUUUGGAGAAAAGAGAAUGUUUGGAGAAAAGAGUAGGGUGGUCCCAAAAGCAUAUGGCAAGAAUAUCUUCAUGAUAAGUGACAAUAGUGAUUUUUGACUGGCUUUUGUUAGGCUACUUUCUUUUUCUUUUUUUCUUUUUUUUUAAUUUAAAUCGCAUACUCGCCCACCCAGUCUGUAUAUUUGUGAAUCGCAAGAAAAAUACUGAUAUUAUUUUUUUGAUAUAAUUGUAUUUUUGUAAGAUGUUUUUUCAGCGAGCUAGUCACUGCCCAGUGACCUCCAACUGGUAAUUAUGAUUGAUCUUUUUCAUA